GAAGCUUCAAGCCACGAUAAGAGCUGUGCUUGAUACGUCAUGGUGCGCCAUGUGUCCUAGGCAGUAGUUUAUGGAGAUGUGUAGUGUUCUGAUAUAAAAGGAUGCUCCAGCAACAGAACCUUACUUUUGAUAUAUAACCUUCUCCGUCCCAGCGCUCUCGUACUACCUGCCCCGAACCGCUUCCGACAAGAAAGACACUGAUUGACACUCACUGGAACGUCUUGCUCUAUACCUACGAUAUUACCGCACAGCGCAUCCGAUAAAGAGGGUCUUCGACACCUCCACCUUACCAAGAUGGACCCUGCCAUAGAUCUCGACAAUAUGAACGCAGCCAACUCGACCGAUAUUCUGUCCCAGCACGUCCAAGAAGAAGGGCAUGGAGGUCCCACACGACCAUUCGAGUUAAUCUCACGCACCGACUGGAUGAGAUUAAUGUACCACACAACUUCUCAACGCGGACCGACACCGCCAAGCAGAGAACAUCUCCAUCCGCGCAUAGACACUGUAGAUGAAGCUAUGGAGUGGUAUGAAAGGUUUCAUCAACGAACGGCGUUCUUCGACAACUGGAUCCUCCAGUUCAUUUACAACAUUUUUGACGCUUUCCGCCUCCACUAUCGCAUGUUGGUGACCCAUUGGAGUGAAUACCAAAGAUGGGAAGUCGAGCGCCAGAAUCCCUGGGGAAACUGGGAGGGCCAGAUUGGUUUCCAAGACGACUCCCCUGACCCGAAAUGGCGGGCUAAAAUUGUUGUGGAAGUGAAGGAGCUUGGAGGGAUGGAUAUGGGGUUCCUGAUUCAUCAAGACCAGGCCGUCUGGUCAUGGAGAACCGAACCACCACAUGCGGCUUCCUUUUGGGAUCAACCGAAACAUCAAGAUGUGGUCAUUCCCAUUAAAGCAGAGCCACAAUGGUAGUUUGCGCCUUUCUUGGGAUGGAUAGCCGCCGGCGAAAAUAUUGCUCCCGCUUGGCGAUUCGUCAAAUGAUGGAAACUUCAAAGGUAGGCACACGUACCAUACAGUCAGUCUGGCAGGGUAGAUGAGUUGUUAUUCAGUCGUUAAUAAAGCCCUCUCUUGUCGUCUACUUUAGUGGCCCCUCUCGGCGCCGGCGGGGUAUUCUCCUUAGAAGUAUAUACUAUUACUAUGUAACGGUGCUGAGCGUACGUAGUGUUAAUAGAAAUACCUUCAAAGAUUGGCAAGUCCCAUUACUACUUACAUACCCUUUUUCUAUAAUAACUAAGUAUUUAGAGAUCUAAAAAGACAAAAGAGUUCGCCCCCCCGGUGCUAAACUGGGGGCUACAUCUCUUGGUGCUCA